AUGGCUCCCUCACUCCCUCCAGCGCUCCAGCAGAGCCUAGACGAAACUCGGGUUGAGUAUGUGAGGCUCGGCGCAUCAGGCCUGCGCGUUUCUAUCCCAAUCCUCGGAGCGAUGUCUUUUGGCUCAUCCCAGUGGUUGCCGUGGGUGCUCGACGAAGACGACUCCAUCGAGAUUCUCAAGGCUGCCUUUGAUCGAGGUUUAAACACAUGGGAUACUGCAGACAUGUACUCGAAUGGCAUUAGCGAGGAGACUAUCGGAAAGGCGCUGAAGAAGCACAGUAUUCCACGCGAGAAAGUUGUCAUCAUGACCAAGAGCUUUAUCCCCGUGGCUGAGCAAUCCGAUAUUUUUGUGGGCCCGUUUUAUCGAGAGAUGUCACAGAUGAAGGAUUAUGUCAACCGAGCAGGCGUAGGUCUCUCUCGAGGUGCUCUAUUCAAGGCCGUCGAUGCCUCCCUUCAACGCCUCGGAACCGAAUAUAUUGAUCUCUAUAUGAUUCACCGUUACGAUCCCUUCACGCCGGUUGAGGAGACGAUGCGAGCUCUGCAUGAUUUAGUUUCGUCUGGGAAAAUAAGAUACAUUGGCGCUUCCUCCAUGUGGGCAACACAGUUUGCGCACAUGCAGUCCGUGGCUGAGAAGAACGGCUGGACCAAGUUCAUAAGCAUGCAAAACUACUAUAACUUGUGCUAUCGUGAAGAGGAGCGAGAAAUGAACAGGUACUGCAACGAAACGGGCGUGGGAAUAAUGCCCUGGUCGCCCAACUUUGGUGGUAAACUGGCGAGACCACUCGGAGACGCGACAUCCUUGAGAGCACAGAUGCCUUCACCAACCGGCAAUAGCCUUACCAAGGCGGACGAAGAGAUCAUCCACCGGGUGGAGCAAUUGGCCGCCCGGAAAGAUUGGAAGAUGAGCCAAGUUGCACUCGCCUGGCUUCGCAGCAAGGGUGCGGUACCAAUUGUUGGCCUGAACUCAUUGUCGAGACUUGAGGAAGCAUGUGACUUGCGCGGGAAGGAGUUGACAACCAAGGAGAUUGAGUUUUUAGAAGAGCCGUACGAGCCCAAGAAUGUCGUUGGCCAUGCCUAG